AAUACUCAAAUACGCUAACUAAUUUAUGUAUAUUUACUUCAGACAGAAAAAAAGUCUAAAUACUUUUAUGGCUAUUGCUGGGCGAAAUAUAUCAAUUGUUUGAAAAAAUAGUUAUUCUAAAUACAUGAUUUCAGGUCUGUGACUAAAACAACAAGUUUUUCUUCGUUUAUGUGGAUAUCAACGUCAAUCAUAGAAAAAGACAUGGCGAGUCAAGGCGAGUUACAAAACAGGAACAAAAUUCUACAAGAAAUUUUUGAAAAGAAAAAGCAGUUAGGACAGCAAACAAACACAACCACUACACCAUUUUUACCAAAUAAUUCACCAAAGGAGCCCACCAGACAUGCUAGCGAUGCCCACAUUCAGGCUCAAAGACAAGCUCUUGAGCAUGCAAACUCAAUUUCAUGGGGUUACUUUAUCAUGCAAGACUCUAUUCACGGAAAUUUAAUAUUGCCUGUUAUACCAAGAUUUGAGAGAGACUCGUGAUUACAUAUUAUAUUAAAGGAUGAAUGUUUCAUAAAAUAUAAUGUGCAGAUAGACUUAAGCUUACAAACAUGAUAGUUCAUGUAUAUAACAAGUUAAUGACAUCAAUAAUAGCUGUAAAGAAUUAUUUGUCAUCUUUUUCUUUUAAUGUAAAUAUGUUGUAAAUGUUUCUUUGGCUUGAAAUUAGAUUUAUACAUGUUGACAAGUAAGACCAAAACAAUAUUGAGCAUACAUUGAACAUUCAUUUAUGAACAUUAUCAAUACAUAAUAAUCCUUCCUUAUAUAAUGAUGUACUCAAUAAAACAUUAACAACAA